UGGGGUGGAUUUGUCUCAGGCCAACAUCUCAAUUCAACUUGAUGUUGGGAAGGGAGGAAAUAGUGGCUCAAAUGCUAUAGCACCCGUUGUAGAGAAAUGAGUCGUCGUUGGAUGUACGGUGACCAUACUACGGUGGAAUACUUGAGUGGGGUUGAGGAGUUCCUUAGAUGUGCUUUAGCACACCAACGGAAUACGAAAGCCGCAAAGAUCUAUUGUCUUUGCCGUGAUUGUAACAAUGUAAGGCGGUUAGCUGAUAUUGAUGAAAUUGAGGAUCAUUUAUUUCGUCGUGGGUUUAAGCAAGAUUACCAUGUCUGGUUUUGGCAUGGUGAGAAAAUACUUGAUCGUCCAAGUUCUAGUGUGAAUGAAUUUGAUGUUCUGGCAGAGAGUGAUGAGAGUGAUGAGAGUGAUUCUGAUAUUUCUGAGAAUAAUGAGAUGGAUGAUGAUGAGCAAGAAGAUAAUGAAAUAAAUGAAAUGAUGGAUGCGGUGAAAGAUCACUUGAAUGGACGACCUCACAUACUCGAGCAGGUAUUAAAGGCUGCUGAGACGCCUUUGUACCCUGGGUGUACAAAAUUCAAAUUGUUAGAAUGUGUGGCAUCACUUUCCAACUUGAAAGCGGAGAGUGGUUGGACCGAAGAAAGUUUCACGAAAUUAUUGAAACGACUAGGUCUUUGGUUUCCCGAUGGCAAUGACAUUCCCACCUCUGCCUAUUAUGCCAACAAAUUGACGAAUCCCUUAGGCUUAGAGGCCGUCAAGAUAGAUGCUUGCCCAAAUGAUUGUAUUCUUUACAGAAAAGAGUAUGAAAAUUUGGAUAAGUGUCCAACGUGUUCUAUGUCGCGUUACAAGCGUAAAGGGGCCAAUUCAGCUAAGAGGGGACCGCCCGCCAAGUGGGCUAACAACCAAAAUGGUGUGAAGCAAGAUGAAAUUUUCCCGGGUUUAACCUUGGUGAACUUUGAUCGACUAAGUGACAGUGACGAGCCAUUCAUUCUAGCAUCACUAGCUAAGCAAGUUUUUUAUGUGGUUGACAAUAUUGAUCCUAGAUGGCGUGUUGUUGCCCAAGGAAAAAGACAUAUUUUGGGUAUUGAUGAUGUUGUAGAUGAAGAUGAGUAUGAUGAGUAUGAUGACACACCUCCGUUACCAAUGGUUGUUCAACCAUUGCCAGAAGAGGAGGAUGCAAAUAAUACUAAUCAUAUGCGUACAGAUCAUACGGAAGGAAUAUGGGUUACGAAUCGUAAUUGA